CUGUGCAUCGAUCAUUUUAUGUUGGUGAACAACUAUAACGAUGUCCGCUAUGCUGAGAUCAGCCCCAUUUAAGUUAGGGACGCGCCUCGGCGAUUUCUUUGACGCAAGGAAAUUUGAAUCUACUCAAACUAACAAUUCAAUAGCAAGACACAGAGAUGAGCGGAUUGACAUUUUGGAAAAAACAUUUUUAUUGGCAUCAGAUUUUAAAGGAUUAUGUCAAUUUUUAAAAUUACCAAUGGAGUACGCAUUGAAAGUCAGGAUAAAUGCUAUACAAAACGAUUGGCUGUUAUCUUUGUUGAAGGAGCUCGAAGAUUUAGAUUCAACAACAAUUUGUCUAAAGUUAAACUUCCAAAAGAAAAAAGAAGUUCUACAUAAUGUUGAUGAUGUUGGUGAGCAAGAUGGACAUAAUAACAAGAACGUAACUCACUUGAUUAAAGAAAUUUAUUUCGGAAAUGAACUCGUGAUAGCUGUAACAGUUAAGCACAAAGUUGCAGAACGAGAAAAGACAGACGAGUUAAAACAAAAAAUUCUGAAAAAAUUGAAAUCCGAACAAGGAGAUCUAAAUGAAGAUGUUUUAGAAAACUUAAAAAAGUUUUUACUAAAAAUUGAUAAGAAAUAUAAAAAGAUUCAAGUUAAAAUAAACACAGCCAGUUUUGACUCCACCAGUCCAAAAAGCCCAUCUGGGGUCAUUGAAUGUCUCCGAAAUUUUUUUAAAAACAAGUGGUCAGGUGAAGUUGAUUAUGAUUGUGUGCGUGAUCAAACUCCAACAUACAGCAGUUUUAAUUCGGAAGAAAUUCAGAAAUCUGGCAAUGUAAGGUGCAUUCAACCUAGCAAGCUUACAUUUUAUCCUUUAAAGAUGACACUUCAAAGUGUAAACUAUAAUGCAGAUCUACCAUGCGUGACAUUGUCUGAACAGUACACAGAAGAAGCCAUUGAUGCCUGUUGUUCCCUGUUUUCAAGCCGUUGUAACAUUAUAAAAGCUCUUGAAAUAUAUCAGGGCCUAAUGCAUAAUGAGGACUUUGGCGAUUUCGUCAACACUAAGCUGAUAAAAAAAGCCAUAGAAAAUCUGGAGACUUUACUGAAACUAAGCAAAGAUUUUAUUUCGGGACUUGAUAUGAGAUUUAUCCAUCCCAAAGAGUUCCAACCCAACUAUCAGUCUGCUGGACAAUUACUAAAUGAAGCAGAACAAUACUACGAAGAAAUAACAAGAACACUUCCUGAUGGCGGUAUGUUGAGGUUAAUGUUACUUGGUAAGACUGGACAUGGUAAAAGUGCAACAGGAAAUACAAUAUUAGGCAAACAUGCUUUUGAGUAUGGAGAUAGCAUGUCUUCAAUUACAACUAAAGCUUCUUGUGAAAGUGCAAUCAUUGAUGGCCGCUGUAUUACUGUAGUAGAUGUUCCAGGUGCGGAAACAACACAUUUCUGUAAACCUGAUGAGAUAAAAAAAGAUUUAGUUAAAUCCAUUAGUUCUGGCAUAACUAAGUGCAUACGGGGGGUGCAUGCCUUUGUACUGGUUUUAAAACUCGGUACUAGAAUAACAAACGAAGAAAGACACUGCAUAGCAAUGAUGGAAAAUGUAGUAGGGGAAAAAUUUAUUGACACCCAUGGUAUAUUUGUUAUAACUGGUGGUGAUAAUUUCGAUCGUAAAAAAUAUAGGACGUUUAAAACCUGGGUUCAUGAGCAAGAUCAUGAAUUUUUCAAAAAUUUAAUGCGCAGAUGCAAUUACAGAAUUGUGUUGUUCAACAAUAACGAGAAAGACCCUAAACUGAAAAAAGAGCAGGUUGUACUUUUAAUCAGAGAAAUUGAAAAAAUGAACACUAAGCCGUACACAUGUCCUAUUUUAAAAAAUGCAAAUGAGACAUUUUCCAAAGUUAUCAAAGAGCAGUCCAAGAGCGCAAUAUUUUUAGACAGCUCUAUCUUUGAAAAAGUACAGACAAUUUUUACUGCGAUAAAAGUAGAUACAAAAAUUGCCAAUGCAUCAUUACUAAGCGAAUCAAUAAAGGUUACCAGACAGUUAGAAAAUGUUGUAGCUGUUAAUGAUAAACCUUUUAACGACCUACUAGCUGCCCUUAAAGUGUUCAUAUAUGAAGCUCAAAAGAAAAGCAAUGAAGACCAAACAUACACUGUUCGCCAAGAAACGCGUGAAAGGUUAAAAGUUUGCCUUGAAAACAUAAUGAAAAUUGACGAAGAAAUUAAGCAAAAGGUAGAGCAACAAGUUCAUGCAGAAGUCGAGGAAAGUGGUGGAUGUUUUCCUGGUAAUUCAAUUGUACAGUUACAUGAUGGUAGGUUAGUUACGCUUAGCCAGCUGAGACUGGGAGAAAAAAUACUUACAGUGAUUAAACAAAACGAGCUGGUGUUUGACGAAGUCUUCAUGUUUGGACACAGUGACGAAAACCGUGGAGCUAUUUUUGUCGUUAUCCACACAAGAUCCAACCAAGCUACUUUGACGGAAAACCACCUGAUCUUAUGCAGAAAGAAAAACAAAGAACAUUACCUGGCGGCUGGGAAGAUUAACGUUGGGGAUGAGAUCCUGCAGGUGGAAUCAGGUGAACCUGUUUGGUCCAGUGUUACAAACGUCACACGUCAGUACCGUCAAGGUCUGUUUGCACCUUUCACCAGAAGCGGCACCAUUGUUGUGGACGGCGUCCUCAUGUCCUGCUACAUUGAUGUGCUCACACAUCAAGCCUGUCACAGACUUCUGUGGCCCAUCAGAACUCUGCAUAGACUGGCGCCAAAAGGUUUGGAGAAAAUUAAUCGCACAUCAGACAAACAGCCCAUUCCUAAAUGGGCGAACUUGGCAUUCAAUUUGGUUAACUUUACCAAAAAAGGUAAACUUUAAAAAACGUAAGACAUACGUUUAUGGUUUUGUUACAUUAAAAUGAAUACCAUUGGAAACAAAACCCUUUAGUAUUUUAAGCAAUUCUAAAUCAAGAAUUUAAUUUUUGUUGUGCUGAUAUUCAUCGUAUUGAUACAUGAAUAAAGAAAAACUUAACAUUGAAAUAAUUAGAAAUAGGAAUGUACGUUUAGAAUACAAUUUUAAAGUAAAUAAUCAGCAAUACAAAUCCCUACAAAAUAUAUUGUAACACGUUUAUUCUGCUUAUUAGUUAAAUAUUAAUUGUAUGUUAGACAGUUUUUUAACGGUUUAUAAACAUUUACAAUGAAAACUCAUGUAUUAAUAUUCGUGUUAAGCCUUUAACUAUUUUUUUACUAAACAUAUUAAUCGGACGUAUAUGUAUUAUUUUUGUUUAUUUUAAUUGUUCACCACAGUUAAAAAAUUAAUACCAUUUUUAGUGUUUUAUUGAAGAAGGAAGCUCUGAAAAAUUACAACAAUUUUUUACAACAAUUUUUCUUAUAAAAUGUAAUGGUAAACGUAGUUUUGUUUUAGACUAAAUUGCAUGUAAAAUCAUCAAUCUAUAUUCACUGUUUAUGCAAUGUGGGGUAUAGCGGGAAUUUUAUUUCUAAUUUUUUUAAAAUAAUUCGCCGUUUUAAAUAUAUAAUAAAAGUAAGUGAUAUUAUCCUACAAAAUAACUAAUCUUAAACUUGUUUCUAUAAAUAAUAGAAUUUGUAUAAACCAAUGUACCCAUACAAAACUAAUUAUUAAGCAAACAUAUUGUAAUAAAGUACUGAAUGUCACAAUUGUCACUAUUU